AUGAGACUAAAAUGUUUCACAAAAAGGUAGGUUUAUCCUUAACAGAUGUUGUGAGAAAAAAAUAUCAAAUGACCAAAUGGCAGAUUCUGGGUUCAAUUUUCAACAUUCACGAUCCUCGGACGCGGUACGAUAGGGGGUGGCAAUCACCCCCUCUGAGUUUUUUUUUUUUCUAGUUUUGUCCUAAACGAUAAAACAUCAGCAGCUGACGUUUUUCAGUAUCUGUUCGUUUAUCCCUCGUGCGCAUUUUGAGACAAGUUUAGUGAUAGUCAGAUACUAUGGUUCCGAGAUAUGAAGUCAUAAAGAGCAGGUGGUCAAGCCAUUUUUGAGUGAAAAUGCAUGUUUUUCAACUUCUUUCAACAAUACAAGUAAAGCUUGUGGAUGAAAUGACGUAAAGUGCUUAUUUAUGUUUUAUUUUAAUUGACAAGCACAAAAAAUUACCAUUUAUCGGGGUUUUAACCGGAUUUCGAAUUUUUUGUAACAUCCAAGAUGGCGACCAUUGUUGGUGACGUCACAGGCCUCCAGCAGCGCCACCACCCAAUAAAAUAUACCUCAUCUUGUAGAGAAGAUCGAAGGCUUUCCACUGAAGGCAAUAAACGUAAUACUGUCUACUGUUUCGAAAUACUGUAACAUAUCAAAAACUCGGGAGGGUUCCUUCAACCCCCCUCUUGUCUCUUGUACCACGUUGGGGAUAUGAAUUUGCGUGUACGUCCGAGGUUUAAAAUUUCAUACCUUGCAGAAUGUUUUUGCCUCCUAAGCAUCCUUUAUACACAGGUUAAGUUUUCUAUCACGAUUACCUUGAUUUAUACGGGUUUUAAGGUAUAAUUUAAUUAUUUUAAGAAUUCAGAUUAGCGGAUCCAAGAUGGCGGAUAGUUUCAGUUCUUUCUUUAAGAAUAAAUGACGUCAUUAUGACAUCACUGCUAUUGUAAAAGAUUAUUUAUGUGUUAGCCAACUUCUUGAUUUAAUUUAUCAGAGACCUUGCAAAUUAAGCAUUUUCGCUUUAUGGCUUCUUUUAGGGAAAUUUGGAUUCUGCAAGUAACUGAUUCAACAAUUUGAAGUCAUGUAAUGAUGUAAAGCUUCAUUAGAUUCUCAUACUGAUGUCCUUUUCGUCAAAGAACAGAAGUUUUUAGAAUUCUCUGAUAUUUAUAUAUACCAAAAAGGUUAAUUUAUGUAUCUUUUUAAAAGAGUGUUAAUUCUUAAUUAUUAUCGUGAUAGGUUUAUUCUUCCAAGCCAGAUACAUUUGCAUAAUACAAGAAAUUUCAAGCUUUUUUCUUUCUUUUCUUGUUUCUCCCUAAUAUUUGAUUCCUUGUCGUACUAACAUUCGAAAAUUCUCAAUUUGGUUUCAAGGCCCUAAGUUUUUCAACUCGGUAAGUCGUGAAAUUCAAAACAGUGAAGGUUUUAGCCUAUUUAUAGCCGUCCCCUCCCCCUCUCCGAUUUGUUCUGAGGGGAGGUGGCGGCUGUACACUGGUUAGGAAUAGCUUCGGUUUGUUUGGCAAAAGAUUUAAAAAUAUACAUAUAAUUCUUUCCUAGUCACAAAUACUCUUUGUGGUUACAUACAGUGGAACCUGUAUAGAACGAACCUCUAUAACAAACGAUUUUCUUUACCCCAGUAAUGGUAAAAUAUAUGAAUAAGAACCUCGAUACAACGAAACCUGGUCAUAGCAAACAAAAUAUGCCAGUCCCUUGGCCCUUCGUUAUCAGUUGAGGCUUCCCUUGUACUUUUCCUUUUCUUUUUUUUUAUGGUGAUACAUUUUUUUCAUACGGUAACCUUAAUUCACAUGGUGUAUCCUAUAUUCUUAGGAAUCCUAUAAUUCAUAAGCCCCCGGUUUCCCUAUAAGCUUCCUUGCCAUUUCCAUUUUGAACAUUUAUAAAAUGUUUCAUUUAGAAUAGUGUUUAGCAUCUUUAACAUAUUAUAAAGUUAUUGUGUUUUGUAAAUGUAUUGUAUGUGGUUGGUGGCAAAAUAAAUGAAUGAAACAAAAUUGACACUGCAUGGAACCAUGUUUCAGUAAUUAAAAUAACAGCAACAAUGUUUUUGGUACCUUCCUUCAUACUUUCACGGUUGAAAAAAAAUUUCAAUUUUUUUUUUCAGCGGUGGCACAUGCAUGCCUUAUGCAGGAAAAGUUUGCCAGGAGUCAAUAAACACAACACUCGGCUCUUACAGGAACACUCCGCGCUUCAUUGACAACAAAUUUGGCCAGUUGGGUACUGAAACAUUCCUGCAGAUUGGUACAAAUAUAAUAAACAGUUUUGUUAAAAAAGAUGACAGAAAGUGUCGGUAUAUUAUACACAACAUGUUGUGCCAGUACACUUUACAGCCUUGCUACCCGGAUAACACGGUCGUGGAAUACUGUAAGGAAGAUUGUGAAGCCAUAUUCAGAGACUGCCAGGAACCGCUUAAUCAAGUUAUUGGUGCUAUUAAGUUCCACGUGCAGCAAAAUGGUCUUGAUUUUGUACAUACGGGGCUACCAGACUGUACCCGACAUAAACCUGCCAAAUAUUUUGACAACUUGCCAAACAGGACGUGUAUCAAGACCGGGUUCUUUGGUAAGUAGUCUUUCUUGUUUGAUAUUCCUUUAGGCAGUUUUCACAACUGGUUCCUGGACACGGUGUAAAACUAAGAAAAUAUUUUGACAAUUUGCCAAACAGGACAUGCAUCAAAACUGGGUUAUUUAGUAAGCAGUCCUUGUUUGUUCAACUUAAAGAGUACUUACCGCAAUAAAGCCUCUUUGUAUUUGUGUUUCUGCUUAACGGUGACAUUUACCUGAGCGGACAUGAUAAUAGUAGAUGGCAGACUGGGCAUGUAGUCACGUGAUUAUCAAAAUUACUCCGCAUGUGGCGCUCCGCUAUGACUUGCCUUGUGGCCUGUGACGCAGGGAAAACGCUGCUCGUACCUAUAUGUUGGAUUGCAAAAGGCAUCUUUCUGGCGAACACAGAGGUAAAGACAAAGAAACAGAUACAUGCCACGAAACAGUGGAGCUCUAGAAAGACUUCUGUAUUCCUUGACCUGCGAAAUAUACCGUUGGCAGCGUCUUCGAAUUGAUUUCCCUAUUUUGCGCGAGGAGGCCAAGAAAAGGCAAAGGACUAUCGUAUCUUGACGUAAUUUUAAGUUGCAUCAGUUUUACAGUAACUCUGUUUGCACUUUCUCAAAUUCGAGGAGAAAAAGCUCAAAAGCUUUUCUUUUUCUUUUUCCUUUUCUAGUUAUGAAAGAAAAACAACAAGAACAAAAAGACGAAAAACAAACAAAAAUACCCGUUUCUCUAAUUCAUGAUUUGACGACCUUCGCCUUAUACCGACUCUUAGACUUGCUUCAAGUCGACCUCUCGUAAGUUUUAAAAGCGAGCGAAGCGAGCUUCAAUGAGAGCGCGCAGGGCAUAACCAACCACGAAAAAAAUUAAAGAACUUUUAGAAAGUCUAACUGAUGCUAUGUGUUUGUUCAAUUAACAGGUUACACUGAGCCCGUAACAGAACCUGGGUGGAAUUUUUCCAAAACGAAAACACGUAUCACAGAGCCAGCCACAGAACCAAUCACAGGGCCAAAUGAAAUACCAAUUUGUCCAACAUCAUCUUUCCCAGCGGAUAAUAACAAACCACUCAUAAUCAUCUUCCUCGUGGUCAUUGGGUUAUUUUCAUUGUGA